AUGGCACGAGACUACAGUGCAGCCGUGGCCGCGUUGAACACACUGCAGACAAAUUUCCAGGUCUUGGAGAAGUUUCGCCAGGAUGGACUCCAGCUCAACCAGCAAGCGAUCCCGGAGAUGAUCGACUGGUCGCGGAGGGUGGGAUAUGAGCCAUCGGAGUUCAAUCGAUUGAAACCGAUUCAUAUCAGCGGAACGAAGGGAAAAGGCUCAACAAGCGCCUUCGUCUCGUCCAUCCUCACGCAAUACCAGGUCUCGUCUCGGCCACUCAAAGUUGGAUUAUAUACCUCUCCCCACCUCCGAUCCGUCCGCGAGCGAAUCCAGAUCAACAAUGAGCCCAUCUCCGAACCGCUCUUUGCACAAUAUUUCUUUGAAGUAUGGGAUCGUCUCGAGGAAGCAGAGAAGAAGAUGGGGCCGCCAAAGCGACUGAAAGAAAGAGCAAAGCCGGUCUAUUUUCGCUACCUCACGCUCAUGGCCUUCCACACCUUCUUAUCCGAAGGUGUGGAUACCGCGGUCAUCGAGUGCGGGAUUGGUGGGGAGUACGACAGCACCAACAUCAUUGUUUCUCCGGCCGCGACCGCGGUGACGAGCCUCGGGAUUGAUCAUGUCCAUUUGCUCGGCGGAACGAUCGAGGAGAUCGCAUGGCAUAAAUCUGGGAUCUUCAAGCCUGGUGUGCUAGCGUUCACCUCCCCACAACCGGAAGCAGCGGUGGGAGUGUUGAGGAAGCGGGCAGAUGAGAAGGGCAUCCCAUUAUCCGUGGUGCAGAGGCAUCCGCAGGUCGAGACGUUAAAACUCGGACUCGCCGCUGAUUUCCAGAAGAGCAACGCGAGUCUCGCUGUCGCCGUGGCUGGAGAGUAUCUCAGAUCAACAGGCAUUGCUACGGUGCCGUCAACAGAAGACCUCACCACAGGAUCGCUCCCAUUGGGGUUCCAGAGAGGCUUGGAGACGGUAAAAUGGCCUGGCCGUUGUGAGAUUCGGCAAGACGACCCAGCCCUAUCGGAGAUCAAAUGGCAUAUCGACGGUGGACAUACACUGGACAGCAUUGGAGUCGCGGCAACUUGGUUUGCUUCUCAAGUACAGGAAGCCUCCUCAACGGAUGGUGGCAAUAGCUCUGCUUCUAUUCCACCGCGUAUUCUCCUUUUCAACCAGCAAACUCGGGAUCCGAACACCCUCCUACCGGCUCUUCAUACCACCCUGCAUGCGAAACUCAACACGAGAAGUCCAUUCACCCACGUCAUUUUCACGACCAAUGUGACCUCCCACAGUGGCUACAAGCCCGACCUCGCCUCGCUCAACGCUUCUGCCACUCAGGUCACCGAGUUGACCGUCCAGAAACAGCUCGCGGAGGUGUGGAAGCAGCUGGACGGGACGUCCGAGAUUUCUAUAUUCCCCAGUAUUGAAGCGGCGGUCGGGAAAGCGAGGGAAAUUGCAGGGAAGACGGAAGCAAAGGUGUUGGUGACAGGCAGCUUGCACCUUGUGGGAGGAUUCUUAGAAGUUAUCGAGAGUGCCGGUACACAAUAA